GGUUGUUGAUCGCAAACGAGUCACGAGUACGUGUCAAUUUCCAUAUUGAGUUCUUCUACUGCAAUUUAUAGCCGUGAAAUCUAUAAACCGUAACCAAAAAUAAAUUGCCAAAAAAAUAGUCAACAAUUUUGUGCGUGCGCGUUGCAGUUUUUCAGUGUUUACAAUCAAUUCAAAAGCACAGCUUUACAACAAUAAUUGAAAUAAAUUAUAACUUAUUAUUUACUACCUGUUCACACAUAAUUAAUAAUCUAUAGUGCUAACGGGUCAUGCACAUUGCCAACUUGUGGUUAGAGUCAAGCUAUACUUAAAAGCCAACUUGUUGUUGCUUAAAUGAUGAUGAGCACAACGACAACAACACCACAUGCAACAAUAAUGCCACCAGCCAUGCGUCCAGUUCCAGUUCAAGAAAGUCCCGUCUCAAGACCACGUGCCGUCUACAGCAUCGAUCAGAUCCUCGGCAAUCAACAUCAAUCAAAACGCAGCGAUACUCCCAAUGAGGUGCUUAUUACGCAUUCGCAUCACAUUCAUCACCUGCACGGCGGCAACAACAGCUUGCUGCAACAUCAGCAACACCAACAGCAGCAGCAACAACAACAACAACAACACCAGCAACAACUGCAACAACAACAACAGCAACAACAACAAAUGAUUGCCAAACGUGAAGAUUCACCCACGAAUACAGAAAGCGGUCUGGAUGUCGAUAAUGAUGAUGAACUCUCCUCAAGUCUGAAUAAUGGACAUGAUCUGGGGGAUAUGGAAAGGCCUCGUAAAGUUCGUAGAUCGCGCACAACUUUUACAACAUUUCAAUUGCAUCAAUUGGAGCGAGCAUUUGAAAAGACACAAUAUCCGGAUGUUUUCACAAGGGAGGAUCUGGCAAUGCGUUUGGAUUUGAGUGAAGCACGCGUGCAGGUCUGGUUCCAGAAUCGACGCGCCAAAUGGCGUAAACGUGAGAAGUUUAUGAAUCAGGACAAGGCGGGUUAUCUGCUGCCCGAUCAAGGUCUGCCCGAGUUUCCGCUCGGCAUUCCGCUGCCUCCCCACGCACUUCCGGGACAUCCGGCGGCACUGCCCGCUGAGUUUUGGCCACCGCACUUCGCGUUGCAUCAACACUUCAAUCCGGGCCUGUUGCAACAGCAGCUGAUGCCGCCGCACUACAAGUUGCCCAACUUUCAUACGCUGCUCUCGCAGUACAUGGGCCUGAGUAAUCUGAAUGGCAUCUUUGGCGCCGGCGCCGCAGCAGCAGCGGCCGCUGCCUCGGCUGGCUAUCCGCAGAAUCUGUCGCUGCAUCCCUCGUCCGCCCAGGUGAGCCCGCCCUGCAGCAACAGCAGUCCUCGCGAGAGUCCCAAUUCCCUGGCUCCUGCUCCACAUCAUUCGCUGCACUCGACGCCACUGGGAGUGGGAGUGGGAGUGGCAGUGGGAGGCGGCACCACAUUGAUCUCUGGCGAUCUGACGCUCACCUCGACGGCGGCGCAGUCGCCGCGCAGCGCCAACGGCGGCAGCAGCAACGCCUCCACGCCCGUCUCCGUGGUCACCAAGGGCGAAGACUGAAGCAUCCCCGAGAUUGUCCAACUCCAGAGUGGACACAAUGUGGUGAUACAUUGGACAAGCAAACCGAUUGUGUAUAUAUAUCAAAUUAAAAAAUUAUUAUAAAAAGUACAGUUAGUGCUGCAAGUAUA